AUGAUUCAACCGACACCCCCUCCUUCUAAAAGGCAAGAUCUUCAAGGUAUUCGAGGAUUGGCAAUUCUUUCUGUACUUGGAUUUCAUUUUUAUCCAUUUUAUUUCCCAAAUGGUUAUCUUGGAGUUGAUCAAUUCUUCGUUCUUUCCGGUUUUCUAAUGUGCAUGUUACUCACAAAAACUGAGAAAAUGCCAGUCUUCUCUGGAUUUAUUCAUUUUUAUUCUCGACGUUUCAAACGGAUUCUUCCUCUAUAUCUUUUAUUUAUUCUUCUCACUGUUAUCUCAUUAUAUACCGUAUUCCCUGAUGCUUCUCUUCUUCAAAAUCAAUCUUCUGCCACGAAAGCAUUACUUUUUGUCUCGAAUCGACCACAUACUGGAGAAGAAGAUUAUUUCGAAAAGCUUCUGAUAGGAAUUGAUUUGUUCACUCAUACAUGGUCACUAUCUGUUGAAAUUCAAUUUUAUUUCAUUGUUCCUGCAAUAUUUUUUAUUGGAAACAAGUGCAAUGGCUAUUUCAAAUACGGUUAUUACUCCAUCAUAGGGUUAAUCUCAUUUCUGUUCUAUUCAAUUAUUCCUUCACAAGUUGCAUUUAACAGUUUAUUCGCAAGAAUAUGGCAAUUCAUGAUUGGAAUGAUGAUUUAUUUGCAUUCAAUAAAACCAGCUGACACCAAAGACUCCUCAGUCUCGUAUAGACUUUUGAAUUCUGCUGAAAAUGGAGAAAAUGAAAAAGUGAUACUCGUGGAUGAUUUCUCUGAUGAAGAAGGAGAAGAAGAUGUUGAAUUAGUGUCUGUUCCUCCCAAACCAUCGACUUAUAUUGGUCCAUUCUCCAAGUAUUGUUUCUUGAUUCCAAUGGCUUUCGUAGUUACAUAUCCUAUUGAAAUGUUUCCAUUCCUUGUCAGACCAGUUUUCACUUGUUUCACUGGUUUGUUGAUGCUUGUUUCUGUAGAUGACGACUUCUUGAGCAACAGAGUUCUGACUUAUAUUGGUGAUAUUUCAUAUUCCCUUUAUCUGAUUCAUUGGCCUAUUUAUGCGUAUACGAAACUAACUUUUGAAAAUAAUCCAUACGCUCUCGGUGGAGGCCUUUUGAUCUCAAUGAUUCUAGCAGUUAUCGUCUAUGAAACUUAUGAAAAAUGGUAUCUUAAACUGUCGAACACAACAUGUGCACUUUUGAUCGUCUUUCUAUUCCUUAUCAAUGUCGUUCUUAUCAAUAAAGACGCAAUUCAAGAUAUGAAUUUUAUGAAUGAAAUGGGAGGAAACUCCCUGAAUUCCACCAAGGAAACAUUUCCACGACUCGAUGGCGUCACUCAGAAUAUGACUUUCGAUGAUGCUACUCGUCUGAAUAAAAUGUGGAAUAAAUUCGAUAUAGAGAUGAUGAUUGAACCAGGAUGUAUUCAGAGAACACCACAACAUAGUAGAUGGUGUGAUUAUGAAUUGAAAGGAGACGAGUACAAAAUUGCAAUUUUUGGAAAUAGCUACACAAAGAAUCAUCACAAAAUGUUUGUUCAAGAAUGUAAAAAUCGGGCAUACAAUAUCACAAUGGACUCAGAAAGAGGUUGUGAACCCCUAGCAGCUUCUCCAAAUGAUCAUAGUUGUGUGAAGAAGUUGAGUGAAUUCGUGGAAUUUAUGGAUAAUGCUAAACCAGAUUACGCAUUCAUUUUCACCAGAUUCUUCGCUGUCGGUGACCCAUUCAAAGAUAACAAUAGCUCAGAUCUAGAACAUGAUAGAACAUUCAACGAAAUGAAGAGUCAAUUGAAUAAAUUUCUGCCAAAUAUCAAAAAGAAAUUAUAUAUUCUUGACUCGUUUCCACGUGCAAAUGCUGGAUAUAUCUCGAGAGUGGCUGCAGAUCUGAAAAAUGGAAAGAAAAUUGAAGAUAUUAGUAAAACACUGCUGAGACCGGAUGGAUAUGAAAGAGGAAGAAUAAGGCAUGCAGCACUAGUGAAGGAAUGUGGAGACAAGUGUGAACUGAUUGAUUAUCUUCCAUUAUUCUGGAAGAACUCAACCAACAUGUAUCAGUAUUUUGAUGAACGUGGAUUCUCGUAUUUCACAUCUCCCAAUCAUUUAUCUGCUCAUGGAAUCGAAUUGGUUCGACCUAUUUAUAACAAGAUAUGUGCCAGUUUAUAG